AUGAAUGUGAAUGUUGACUUCUUAUCUCAAUUAAUUGCUGAUACUUCCCCAUUGAUGCAUACUUCUGCUGAAGCCAAUGGACAGUUUAUAUCACCAAAUCCGAACCUAUUAACAACUCACAACAACGAUAGUGGUGUUGGGUUUAAUCCAGCGUCGGAGUUUCCAGACAUUGAUAUAUUAGAUUUUAUUCCUGCUGCUAUGUCUCAACAACAACAACAACAACAACAACAACAGCGUCAAUUUCAACAAUAUUUGAGAACUCCAAAAUCAGCUUCCAGUCCCCAAUUUCAAUUGAGUGCCACUAAUUUCUCCAAUCAAACAACCCCUGCAUUUGGUUCUGUGGCCACUUUUUCAAGUAAUUCCUUUUUGCCUGGUGGUAGUGAAAGUGAUUUGCUUCCAGCUAAUGCUCAAUUCACACCAAUCACACCAGGAAUAUAUAUGCCACCUCAACCAGUGCAACAACACAAUCAAUUUGAACCACUGUUGAGUACACCAAAUUCUGUAAAUGGUGUUUCUAAUUCGCCGGUGCAAUUUUCUCCUCCCACACAACAAUAUCAUUCUUCUUCUUCAUCUUCAUCUUCUGCUCCUGCUUCAACUGUUGGUGAAAAGACUGGUCCAACCAUUGGUUUGGGUGUGAGCAUUGAACCAACCGUGAAUCACAAAAAGCAACCAUCUCCUCAUGAACAAGCCGCAUUACAUUUCCAACAACAAUUGAACAAUGAAGCUGCUGCCAAAACACAUAAUCGUAGUGGUAGCAGUUCUACAAAAGCAAGAACUCAACUGAGUCCAGAAAUGCAAAAGUUGAUUGAACAACAAAGAGAAAAGCAACAGCAACAGUUGCUUCUAUUACAAAAAGGUGAGAUUCCAAAACCACCUGAAUUAAAACCAAAAAGGAAGUCCAGUUGCAGACCUCAUAAACAAAAGAAAAGAUAUAUCCAAGAAGAAGAGCAAUAUCAACAACAACAACAACAACAACAACAGAGAAGGAUUUCAUCUCUUCCUUUGCAAACUAUUUCGGGAGACUCUCCUACAACAAUUGAAGUUUCUAGUCCACAACUGGAAGUACACAAUGAUAACAGUUUUGGAUGCAAUACUACAACGUUUAUUAGUGGUGGAGAUAUUACUGCCGAAGAAUUGUUGAGCAAUGAUCCAUUUCAAAUGUUAGAAGAUCAUCUGACAGAUGUUUUUCCAGAUUUUGCUGACUUGGAUUUUGAGGAUGUUGGUACUGAUUUUGAAAAAUCCAUUGAAAAUGUUGAUGUUUUAAGUUUGAACAAGAAUUCUAGUUCAACUAAUGUCUCUGUACAACGUCCAACAUUGAAAAAGAAGAAAUCCAUUACUCCGGGUCCUGCAAAGAUUGUCAAGACUUUGAAGAAAGCUUCUUCAUUUAGUAGUGCUGGUGCUGGUGCUGGUACAGUUAAUGGUUCUUUGUCUCCAACGUUUAUUAUAAAUCCAAAAUUCCAAUGGACAAAGAGUCAAACUACAGAGCAACAACAGAGAUUAUUGAAAAAGAAGGUACCACAUCAACAUGCACAUUCAUUACCUGAUUUGAGUAUUCAAGAAAUGCCGGUGUUCACUUUAAGUAAUCAUUAUCUGUUUGUUUAUGAAAAUGAAAAUACUGAGGAGAAUUCACAAGCAUCUCCUCGUAAACAACAACAACAACAACAACUAGAAGAACAAUCUAAGAAAGAGAGUGGAUUGUUGCAAAAUCUUGAAUCUGGAUUGGUGGAGUUCAAACUUGAUUUGAACAAGAAUAAAAUGAAUUGA